CGGAGGGAGGGGGCGGCCCGGCCCGGCCCAGCUCUGCCCCCGGCCGGCCCGACCCCGGCCCCGGCCCCAGGACCAGCCCUUAUCUGAUCCCGGCUCCGAGUUUAAGAGUCCUGGCCCUGCCCGUCGCACAGCUCCGUUCCUCACGCCUGCCCGCCCCGUCUGUCCGUCUGUCCCGCUGCCCAUCCGAGGGGCCACUCCACCCCGGACCCAAGAUGACGUCGGUUGCCAAGGUGUAUUACAGCCAAACCACUCAGACAGAAAGCCGGCCCCUAAUGGGCCCAGGGAUACGACGGAGGAGAGUCCUGACAAAAGAUGGCCGCAGCAAUGUGAGAAUGGAGCACAUUGCUGACAAGCGCUUCCUCUACCUCAAGGACCUGUGGACAACCUUCAUUGACAUGCAGUGGCGCUACAAGCUUCUGCUUUUCUCUGCAACCUUUGCAGGCACCUGGUUCCUCUUUGGUGUGGUGUGGUAUCUGGUAGCUGUAGCCCAUGGGGACCUGCUGGAGCUGGGACCCCCAGCCAACCAUACCCCCUGUGUGGUACAGGUGCACACGCUCACCGGGGCCUUCCUUUUCUCCCUUGAGUCCCAGACCACCAUUGGCUAUGGCUUCCGCUACAUCAGUGAGGAGUGCCCACUGGCCAUCGUGCUUCUUAUUGCCCAGCUGGUGCUCACCACCAUCCUGGAAAUCUUCAUCACGGGUACCUUCCUGGCAAAGAUUGCCCGGCCCAAGAAGCGGGCGGAGACCAUCCGUUUCAGCCAGCAUGCGGUUGUAGCGGCACACAAUGGAAAGCCCUGUCUUAUGAUCCGAGUCGCCAACAUGCGUAAGAGCCUCCUCAUUGGCUGCCAGGUGACAGGCAAACUGCUUCAGACCCACCAGACAAAGGAGGGUGAGAACAUCCGGCUCAACCAGGUCAAUGUGACUUUCCAAGUGGACACGGCUUCUGACAGCCCCUUCCUCAUCCUGCCCCUUACCUUCUACCACGUGGUGGAUGAGACCAGUCCCUUGAAAGACCUGCCCCUCCGCAGUGGUGAGGGAGACUUCGAGCUGGUGCUGAUCCUAAGUGGGACAGUGGAAUCCACCAGCGCCACCUGCCAGGUGCGCACUUCCUAUCUGCCGGAGGAGAUCCUUUGGGGCUACGAGUUCACGCCCGCCAUCUCGCUGUCAGCCAGUGGCAAAUACAUAGCAGACUUUAGCCUUUUUGACCAAGUUGUGAAAGUAGCCUCUCCGAGUGGCCUCCGUGACACCAGUGUACGCUACAGAGACCCUGAAAAGCUCAAGUUGGAGGAGUCAUUAAGGGAGCAGGAUGAGAAGGAGGGCAGUGCCAUUAGUGUGCGCAUCAGCAAUGUCUGAUGGCUUGGUUCCCCACCUCCCCAUACUUCUGGUCUCUUUUCCUCUUUUGGCAUCCUGGGUGAGGGAUAUUACCCAGGCUUACUGGACAGCCCCAGAAGCACCCUUCUCCGCUCCCUCUUCUUUAACCCAGUUGGCCUGUAGUAGUCUAGGCCAACUGGACUUCCUCCCGUUGUUCCCUUCACCUCACCGCACUUCCACCCCAAGAUGCACACGUCCCUUAAGCCAGGAUGGGGGAAGGAGAGGGAAGAUUAGGCUGAAGUGGCUUAGAAGGCCUCAGCCAUGCCUGGAGACUCACAUUAGGAGGACCAUGCAGUUGGAUGGAUAGGCUCCCCCCACCCCGCCACCUCUCACCACCACCACCAGAAAGUUUGGUGCUUUGAGGCUGGAGUCCCCUCCCUAUCUUUCCACUUAGCAAGUUCCCUAAGGCAAGACUCUCUCUCUGAUGGUCCCUUUGGGGUUUGUGCCCUCAGAAAUAUAGGAGUCCAGAAUCAUUUUAUUCUGAAGUCUCUACCAAAACCCGUUGAAAGAAGCCAGGGUUUUUCAUGGUGUAGUUAAUUUCUGUUGGCAACUCCUGACUAUAACCUGGGACCUUGGUCCCCAUUGUUCUCCUCUUUCUAGUUUCUCAAGUGGACACUUUCUUAGGAUACCCAGUUCCCACAUAGAUGCCUCUGCUCCCAGAGAACUGAAGUUGACCCAGGAGAUAUAAAGCACACAGGCACAGCCACCACACCUGCUCCUGACCUGAAUACUGAACUCUUCAUUGUGGGGCGACUAAUGCAGAGCUAUUGUCUAAAACCUUGAACCUGGCCUCCAGGCAGCCCUGGGGGGAUCUGUUUCCCUGUGUCCCAUGAAAGUAAUGACCUUCCCCAAUAUGUUCCCCUGGAAAAAGGCCAACGCCCAGGCCCCACAGAAAGGUCUGGAAAUGGUGUUCCAGAUUACACUGUCCCUGGCUUCUCUGAUUCUUUCCUGCCCAGUCCACUCUCACCUAAACCCAACUUCGGGGGAAGGGGGAGGAAAUGCAAGGGCCUUCCUCUCUUACCACUAAAACUAGACACACAGGGCACAGAGUCCCCAGGAAAGUUAAACCAACCAAAUGGGAUGAGUACAUUCUCCGAUUUCCAGACUGCUGUAUAGAGCUUCUGGGAAUUGGCAGUGCUUUGUUAAGGUUUGGGCAGAGGCAGGACUCUGUGGCUGGCAGACACUAUUCACCCUGUUACCCCUCCCAGUGCCCUUCUGAAAAGUGCCAGCUAUUUUGUUAGGCAGUGCUGGGAGGGAAGGAAAUUAUACCUCCUGAUCAAAUAACCAUGGUCUCCCUCAGCCAUUCCUGAGACAGUAUAAAAUGAAUAUCAGUCUCAUCUCUCCUCUCCUCUGCUAUGAAGCCAGUUUCAGGCAAGUUAAAAGGCAUACUUUACGAGAUCAGACUCAGGCCACUCCUUGUUCCCUGAUGGGGACUGUGGUAUGGGGUCAGGAAGGGUGUAUGGGCACCAGAACUUUCUCUAAAGCUCCAAAUCCCAAGAGUGCUUCCUGUUCUCAUUUAGGUACCAAGGGACACUCUCCCCCACCCCAAAUGGUUUGGCACAGAGUCCCUGUAUGAAUCAAGUGGCAGUUUAUUUAAGGUGGACCAGCCAGUUUUUAUAAGCUACACAUUUAUCCAGAAUGAGUACCUGCAUCUGUGUGCAGAGCCUCACAGAGAAACCCAUGAAAUUUGGAGGCUGGACCCAUGGUCACCAUUUAUACAACUGCACAAGAUCCUCUUAUAUUGAUCUCUCCUUGAACUCAACUAACUAUAUCUUGAAGAUGAAGACCCUUCAUUCCCUACUUACUGUAAACCCCACCAUUACUACCUAGCUCUCAAGAAAACAAGAACCGGAACAACUUGAAAAUCUGAGACAGAGAACAGAAGGCAAAGAGCCAGCUUCUGGGCUCUCAACUUUAUUCAAAUGUUAGACUCACUUGAUUUCCUUCAACCUGUGUGUGUGUGUGUGUGUGUGUGUGUGUGUGUGUGUGUGUGUGUGUGUAUCUUCUUAUCCAUUAGCAAGUUAUCCUCCAUCAAGUUUCUUCUGCACAGAGCUGCUUCCCUCCUGAGGGAAACACUCUCUUCCCAUUCCCCUGCUGUCUAUUCCAAGCCUCCAGAAUCCUCAGAUUCUUGGAUAACAAAAUGAGAACACUUUCUGACUUAACCUUUUUGAUUCUCCUGCAUGAUUCCACACUUUCCUUUAAAUUGCACUUUAAAUCAUACUCUCCUCUUAAUACAACCUGGCUUAUUCUCCCAUAAGCCCCAUCAGAGAGCAAUGCCCCCUCCCUCAACCCUAAGUGGUCCUUUAGACUACAGCCCCCCUCUCCUCUGAGCUGAAAUCAUCUUUCAGGCUAUCAGGCAAGCUUUCGAAGCAGCCAGGUCUGAUGAGAAAUGGGAUCCCUGACCACACCAACCAUGGACUUGGAAUUCGGGAGAGCACUGGGCACAGACCUUAAGGGAGGAGAUUUCAGAGGACAGGCAACACAACUGAUGGGGGAGGAUACUCAGGGUAUGCAGAUGAGGAAGGGUGGUGCUGCGGGAUCUGGUGAAAUCAAUGAAACCCUUGAGUGUUACUUGGGCUAGCAGGUAAGAGGUAGGUGGAGGCUCAGGGAAUUAAGCUAUGAUAUAUAAAUGAAAGGUUUAUCUAAGAAAGAGAAACAGAUAAUAUAUAUAUAUAUAUAUAUAUGUAGAGAGAUGUAUAUAGAUGUAUAUAGGACCAAAUAUACUGAAUGUACAGAAAGAAAGUAUUCAGAGAGCUUAGCAUGGGGGCAGAUAUCUUGCUCUGGUUUGGGGGUAGGACUCCCCAGAUUCCCAGACUUACAGCCAGUGAUCCUGGUUUCAACAUGGAAGUGAGAUACCUGACUAAGGCUUUCAGGUUUGAUGACAGGAAAGGGAGGGGUGGAAGCUGCUCUUCAGAAAUAAAGAGGCUUCCAAUGAGGUUUCUGACAAACCCUGUGCUGCUGACAGGACCAGGAAGAGGGGAGAUAAGAGGAACAUGAGGAGCGAGACACUCCAUCUGAGGAAAUCUAGGAGAACCUACUACUUAGGCUGUGCGCUCCCAUCCCCAGCAGUGUCCUGUGACUGUAGCACUUAAAAAGAAAAAUCCUGUUUCCCUCUCUUAAGGUACACUGUAUUUCCCCUUCUUCCACAGGGGUGGGGCAACUGCAGCUCCAGCCCCGGGAGGUGAUGGCUAUUCAACUAAGAAGCUGAACACUUCAGUGUGCGGGAGGCACUAAAGGGAAGCCUCAACUCUAGAAUCUAAAUGCCAGGACUAAAGAGCUGUUGGGCCCAAGAUACUCCCAAGGCAGAGGAUCAGCUUUCUGUAUGGUUGCAAGCAGCCCAAAGAGAAUGCCCUCUAUGCUAGAAGAGUCCCAAUCCUGGCAUCUGAGCAUGGGGGAGGGCGUGGCGCUUUAGCUUUGUAUCUCUGUAUGAAAAUGAGGAGUGCGGGUACCAGCUGCCCUAGGGGAUGGGGAGAGGCUUCUGAAAUCCCUACUCUGUGCUUCACCUCAUUACCUGCCCAACCUCCUACCCCAACCUGUCAGCUAAGAAGACCAUCCAGGGAUUUCUCUCUGAGGCCUGAGAAGAGAAAGGAAGCCAGUUAUACUAUUGCUACAAGCCAGGGACACUGCCCCCUCCCAAGGCUGCUACCAUGGUCCUUUACCCUUGCUAGUUAACCUAGCUUAUUUGUAAAAUAACACACUACCUUUGCUGUAAAGUUAGCCUGGGCUCCGGCUCAGUAAUGGCCAACUCUACUGAAGCAGAAAUAUCUAGGGAUGGGUUUUCCAUUCAUUGCAUUAAAGACUAAACCAGGUCAAAUGUACCUAGGAAAAAAGACAUGUGAGUUAUUUUGGUUUAUUUUAUUCUUGUCUGUUCAGAACAAGUUACUAAAUAAAAUGGCUGAAUCUGUU